UAGUUUGGUUCUCUUCCUGCAGACGCGUUGAAUCGAUUCCUUGGUGCGCGGUGAUUGCCGAGGGGAGCGAGAUGGUAGAGAAGCGCCAGGCCUCCGGCGACGCUCCCGGGACGUCGCGGCCACCUGCACGGAUGAGGGCUGCCUCAACCGACGACGAAGACGUGUCCUCCAUAGACGUCUGGAUCGACGCAAGCCUUGGGAGAGACGGGGUGCGCAGGAGGACGGAGGUGGUGUCUCAGCCGCCGCCAUCGCUGAAGUCUGUGCUGGUGGCAGGAAUGGGCGCCAACCCGACAGCCAACACUGGGCGGCGGUCAGCGCCGAGACGGAGCGACUACAUCGGUGGCCAGCGCUUGGCUGCCGGCGAGGAAGCGGAAGUGACGUCCAGGUGGAGACCCGUCUCCGCUCUCGACGCAGAAGCGUCGCCGUCCGGGAAUGAGGAGGAGCUCGUUGCGGCGGUGACACAGCCGCGGCCACCUCCACUGGCCGAUCAGCCCUCCGCGGCGGAGGCGCAGCCACUGCCACACCCCGAUGAGUCCGUUGGGUCGGCGGCGACUGCACCGGAGAUGGUGGUGCCGGCCCCGGCCGACAGCCGUUGAGGACUCCGUCCCUCUCGCCCGUCCAUCGAUUCAGCGAAGAUCAUCCAAGGCGCGAGAAGCAGAGUAAGGAGUUGGUCAGUACCCCGUUCUGGAGUCGAUGCUACGAAACCAUCGUUGUGCAGUAGUGACUGGCCCCACUUCUGAAUCUUCUGAUGUGUUCUUCGAGUAUAGUGUUAAGCUCAUUG